AUGCUCCACGUCUAUUCUGGUAUGUUGGCUCUGGCUUGCGUGCUCCCUGGCUUGUUCUUUUUUCACAUUCGUUACUGGCGGGUUCUCUCAAAUUUUAGCUCCUUAUUCAUCAAGAGAGGUGCAUCAGAUGCUGACAUCAGCAUGCUUCCCAAAUACAUAUUUGAAGUGUCCAAUGAUGAGAAUCAAGCUGAUGGUAGAGCACGUAGAAUGGUUCCCAUGUUGACAAAUGGUCCAGAAUUCUCUCCUGAAGGUGUUUAUCUAGUACUGGAUGCGGACUGCUGUAUAUGCCUCUGCAACUGUCAAGAUGGAACAGAACUUUGUUCACUUCCAUGCAACCAUCACUUCCAUACUAGAUGCAUCCGAGAUUGGCUAGUGCUAAGAGCUUGUUGUCCACUCUGCAAGCGUGAAUUGAUCAGGAAAAAUCAGAACUGGAAACAUAGUUUCGAUUAACACAAAAGAACCAAAAUAAAGGAAACUUGGUAUAGGUCAACCAUUGUUGAUAUACUUCCGUUGUUCCAUGGCUUCAGAUUGUGUGAUUACCUUGUUAUUGGCUGCCUCUGAAUUUGGCAGGAAGGAAGGUUAUAUGGAUCAACUGAAAAAACUUCGUUUUGAGUAGAGUGCUUGUAUAGAGCUCAAACAACUAAUAGUAUCUUGUAUGCAAGUAGAGAUGUAUAAAGUGACUGAACUAGUAAUUAAGGUGACAUUUUG